UCUGUAUCUUUUGACUCAUCAUUAUCAAAGAGAAUGGCUCUUGUUGGGUUGAUCUUGAUGGGUUUUCUCACAAUGUUCUCAUCUGCUAAGGCCAAUGGUGGAGGGUGGAUUGAUGCUCAUGCUACCUUCUAUGGAGGGAGUGAUGCAUCAGGGACAAUGGGUGGGGCUUGUGGAUAUGGGAACCUCUACAGUCAGGGGUAUGGAACAAACACUGCUGCUCUGAGCACUGCUUUGUUCAACAAUGGGUUGAGCUGUGGAUCUUGUUAUGAGAUUAGGUGUGCGAAUGACCAUAGGUGGUGCCUCCCUGGCUCCAUCAUGGUCACUGCCACCAACUUCUGUCCACCAAACAAUGCCUUGCCCAACAAUGCAGGGGGUUGGUGUAACCCUCCUCUUCAACAUUUUGAUCUCUCUCAACCUGUUUUCCAGCGUAUUGCCCAAUAUAGAGCUGGGAUCGUGCCUGUGUCCUAUAGAAGGGUGCCCUGCAGGAGAAGGGGAGGUAUCCGAUUCACUAUAAAUGGACAUUCCUACUUCAACCUAGUCCUGGUAACAAAUGUUGGUGGUGCUGGGGAUGUACAUGCUGUGGCUGUUAAAGGGUCCAGAACUGGUUGGAUGCCAAUGUCAAGGAACUGGGGUCAGAACUGGCAGAGCAACAACUAUCUUAAUGGUCAAAGCCUGUCCUUUAAGGUGGUCACCAGUGAUGGCCGUAGUGUGGUCUCCUAUAAUGUUGCACCAGCUGGCUGGUCCUUUGGCCAAACCUACGCUGGUGCUCAAUUCCUUUAGACUAUGUCAAGUGUUUACAAAUACUAUACAUAUAUAGUAUGUACUAAAUCUUCAGUUCAAGUAUUAGUAUGACUCAAUAGUGUACUAGGGUAUUAGAUGGUAUGCUACUAAGUAUGGGGUCAGUUUUGGAAUUCUAAGGGUCAGCGAAGGGCUAAUUUUAAAAUUGCCCUUCAUUUUAAUUCGAUUGUGUUACCGGGUAGGACCUAUUUUUAGGGCCCUAUUUAUUAGGGGGUUGUUUUCGUUUUUCACUUUUCAAAAGUUUUUUUGAACCUUCUGCUGCUAGAAGAGUAGUACUUUUUGUGCUUUUGUGGGUGAAAUACUAAAUUGGAAGAGGUGGAUUGUGAUACCACCCGCCACUAAUAGUAUUGGGGUAGUGUCUUUUUUC